AUGGCAUCUCGCUACCUCAAGAGGGGUUCAUUUGCUGAGACUAUAACUACUUCAAACCAAACCGAUGUCAGCUCGAUUGUGAAAGGUGUCAUUGAUGAUAUCUUAAAUGUAAGAAAGUUUGCACAAGCGCAGAGAGACUCAAUUCGUGAUUUCGAGCUGGAAACUCAACCAGUAGGAGUUUUCCGAGGCCAAAAGGAUAUUCCAAUCUCAUUUGCAGGAGCAUACAUUCCAGGCGGUCGUUACCCUCUGCUGGCUUCAGCGCACAUAACCAUCCUCACUGCGAAGGUUGCUAGAGUGCAACAUGUGAUUAGCUGUACGCCUCCGAUUGCUGGCAAGAUACCCAAUGCUAUCGUUGCAGCAAUGCAUUUGGCUGGCGCCGAUGAGGUUUUCAUUCUUGGAAGUGUUCAAGCCGUUGCAGCGAUGGCUAUUCGAACCGAAACCAUUUGGAAGGUUGACUUCAUUGCCGGACCUGAAAAUGCAUUUGUCGCUGAGGGAAAGCGUCAGUUGUUUGGGGAUAUUGGGAUUGACCUUUUCGCAGGCUCUACUGAAGUUCUCGUCGUUGCAGACGAGACAGCCGAUCCCUUCACCGUGGCAACUGAUAUCCUUUCCCAAGCGGAGCAUGGUCCAGACACGCCCGCAGUCAUCAUCACCACAUCAGAUGAUGUCGGAAGAAAGUCCAUGGAGAUAAUAGAUCAGCUUCUUGAAGAUUUGCCCACUGCAGCACUGGCUGGAACAUCUUGGAAAGCGUUUGGCGAGGUGGUGGUGGUCGAUAGUCUGGAUGAGGCUUGGAAGUUGGUCGAUGAAUACGCCAGCGAGCAUGGUGCCCUCUUCUUGGGCGAAAACACCUGUGUUUCCUAUGGUGACAAGGUCAUUGGCACAAAUCAUAUUUUCCCCACGAGGAAGGCGGCAAGGUAUACGGGAGGUCUUUGGGUAGGUAAAUUUUUAAGGACAGUUACCUAUCAAGAAGUCACGGAUACCAAAGCGAGUGGGGAGUUGGGCCCUCUGUGUAGCAGAGCCGCUCGAGCAGAAAAAUUCAAGGGUCAUGCACGUUCUGGUGAUUUGCGAGCACAUAAGCACCUCGCACACGAGUAUCCUUGGAUAAAAGGAGCUCAGCCGGCCUUGGGCACUAUUGCGGCCAGGACGCGAACAGGAACCAGAAUGUAUGAUUUUGAAUUUGAUGUUGAGAUUCAGAAGACGGCGCAUACUGCAUUUGCAACGUCGAUAAGACUUUGA